AUGCGUCGCGCAAGCUUCAUAUCACCCAUCACUGGCGAAGUUUCGAAGAGACAGUUCACUCUGCGAGACGCAAGCAGUCGCUUCACCAACGAGCGUUCGCCCCUGUUAGGAGAACAGAGCGCAGAUCGUAUCAGUGCGAAUGCCCAGAAAUUUACAACGGCCGCGAUAUGGAAUGCUUGCAGCAGUCGAGCGCUCAGCUUCUGGGACUUUGCGCGCUCUCCCACCGGCCAAGGCAUCUUCAAAUGUUCGAUCGCGUACCUCAUCGGGAGUAUGGCCACUCUGGUCCCUGCCAUAUCCCAAUGGUUCGGCAGUAGUCAAGACAGCAAGCAUAUGGUGGCGACCGUGACCGUGUACUUCCAUGCUGCACGAACAGCUGGCAGCAUGCACGAGGCGUCGGUUCUUGCGCUCAUUGCCUUUUGCUAUGCCAGCUUCAUCUCCUUCAGCAGCAUGGGUGUCUCGAUCCUCUUCGCGCAGUAUGACCUUCUCAUGGUCGGUCAUGCUAUCGUCCUGGUCGUGUUCGUGGCAGGAGGCUUUGGUCUCAUGGCUUGGGUCAAACUGCGGCUGGCUAAUCCUCUUGUCAACGUUGCAACCUCGCUUGCAUCUCUUGGAACUAUCACUGUCUUGAUCCGCGAGGGAUCAGUACAAGCUGGCGCAUUCUCUACUCAAAGAGUGACUCAGGUGCUCGGAAUGAUAAUUUUGGGCAUGGUCAUCGCAUCGCUCGUCAAUAUUAUCAUCCUUCCCUCGCUGGCGCGGAAGAAGCUGUCUACUGAGAUCGAGAAGAAUACAGAUUUGCUGGGCGAGGUAUUGAUCAGCAUCACCAGGGCAUUCCUGCACGGACGAGAGUCUGAGCUGGAGGACGAGUCGUUCAAGUCUUUGAACAAAGAGCACCAGUCAUCCCUCAGCGCUGUUAAGAAGAUUCUUAGUGAGGCCAAACGCGAGCGCUACAUACUGGGCGAUGAAAGGAUAUACGCCGUGGAAGCCAGGCUCGUAUCAUGUCUGGAGACACUCUCGCAGGAUCUUGGUGGUCUGAGCAGCGCAGCAAGAGCCCAGUUUACGUUCAUCAACCAGCCACACGAUGCCGCCGCACCGACCUCAACCACAGUAGACAGAGGCUCGCCUGUCGCUUCGCCCAUUCAAACUCCAAAUCACGAGCCCUCACAGUACUUCACCAGCUUGGACAUUAUCUCAGAGUCGCCAGAAUUGCCUUUCAUCGCGACAAAUGGACGGAGCGAUACAGCCGAUCAGACUAAGCACAAGAGACACAACACACUGCUCGCCAAAAGCCCGGGAGAUAUGUUCGUCGCCUUUAUCAGCCAGCUUGGACCGCCCACGAAGUCACUAGUGUACACCUUGAAACAGUUGCUUGACGAGCUGCCAUUCCAGGCCGGAACGCCCGAUCGCAAUCCUUGGGCUGCACGCCACGUACACGUCGCCGUGACGAAACAGUUCCACUCGAGCCUCCGGCAGGCAGUGGAGCUAUACCGGCAGUCUCGAAAGGAUGCCCUUAGCUCUCUUUACCAGAAUCGAGCCAUCAAUGCUGCACUGAACGCUAAGCGAAGCACUAGAUCUUUCCAAUCUCAUAGAGUAUUGGCCGAUAUCGAGGAAGUUUCCGCAUGUUGCGGUCAUUUCUCGUUCUCGUUACUUGACUUUGCUGAAGACGUAUUCACAUACCUGGACAUACUCGAUGAUCUGAAGCUUGAGAUGGAUGCUCAAGUCAAAUCUUGGAGGUGGCUGAUCUUUUGGAAGCCAAGUGCAAAACCUCGAGCGCCAGGCAUCAGCAGACGUAAUACUCAUCCGGAGUCCUACCCGGAGCCGAACACCUUAUACGACGUUCCAGCUGCGAUCAAGAAAGUGGAUGACUUCGCCGAUCCGGAGAAGGCUUUGGCUAGCAGACCUUGGUACUACAGCAUCUACAAAGCCAGCACAAUCCUCCGUCGAGACGAUGUGCGCUUCGCGAUCAAAGUUGGAUUCGGAGCUGCGUUGUACGCUCUGCCAGCUUUCCUUCCAGAGACAAGGCCUCUGUUCCUCCACUGGCGAGGCGAAUGGGGUUUAGUCUCAUAUAUGGUCGUAUGCUGCAUGACCGUAGGAGCGUCCAACACGACCGGAUUCAAUCGCAUGAUCGGCACUGUGAUCGGUGCGGGAUGCGCGGUGCUGGCAUGGCUCAUCUCAAACCACGAUGGUGUGGCCAAUCCCUACCUUCUAGGUUUCUUCGGAUGGCUCAUGUCCGUGGGCUGCUUCUACAUCAUUAUUGCGAAAGGAGAUGGCCCCAUGGGACGUUUUAUAGUCCUGACGUACAACCUUGGUGCGCUCUACUCCUACAGCUUGUCAAUCCACGACGACGACAAUGACGAUGAUGAAGGCGGCAUUGAUCCGGCCAUCUGGUCAAUCGUACUCCAUCGAGUUGUCUCAGUGCUGGUGGGCACAAUAUGGGCCAUCAUCAUCUGCCGAUGGGUAGCGCCGAUCUCAGCACGACGGAAGCUACGAGAAGGAAUGUGCAUCCUUUGGCUCCGAAUGGGCUUAAUCUGGAAGAGAGAUCCACUCGCAAUGUUUCUUCUCGGAGAGCCAAGGAAUGUCUACAUGGAUAUCCGUGAAGAGGCGGAGCUCCACUCGUUUCUUGCGAGCUUACGCGGCCUGCUCAAGGCUGCAUCGUCAGAGUUCGAGUUCUCCGGACCAUUUCCUGAGAAAAUUGUUAGCCGCAUGCUGGAGCGUGCUGGCCACAUGCUGGAUGCCUUCCAUGCGAUGAAUGUCGUGAUAUCGAAAAACCUGCAAUACACCCCCGGAGAAGCGACAUUGCUUCGAUACACGCGGCCGGAACGAUUCGCCCUGUCCGCUCGCAUCAGCCAUCUCUUCACGGUGCUGGCCAGCAGUAUUACGCUGGAGUACCCAUUGAACGACGUGCUCCCGAACAUAGACGACAGACGAGAUCGAUUGCUUGCAAAGAUAUCGCAGUAUCGAGGCACCGAAGAGGGCAAAGAAUUGACCACCGAGCAGGACUAUGAGGUAUUUUAUGCAUUUGUUCUUGUCACGGGCCAGCUGGCGCAAGAUAUCACAGCCGUGGGGGCCGAGUGCGAGACUUUGUACGGCACGCUCAACGAAGAGAAUUUGAAGUUGGACUAG